CGCCGAGGGGUGGAUCUUCCAAGCAGCCAGAAUCUGCAGAGACGAACGGGGCGCCGAUUGAUCUUCCCCACCGUGGAAAACUGCCACUUUCGGAAAGGCCAAAAUUUUCACUGGUGAGGUCCAGUGUCCCCGACCCCCACCCUGCCUCCUUUUUCAACAGGUAAACUGAGUCCCAAAAAGGCGUGGCGCCAAUACUCAAGUCCAGCAGGGUGCUGAUGAAGCUCACGAUUUCAAAUCUUCAGCUUUUGUAGCCUUAGGAUACUUCUCGGUUGUAAUCGUGUUCUGAGUCUUUCCCCUCUCCCUACUCUGUCGCGGAACCGCAGAGCGAAUCGGAUUCGAGAUCUUCCCUGAGUCCGGAAUCGCGAAAGCGACUCAGAAGCCGGCGCCUGGAGGGGAGGAGCGAGGCAGUAUCCGCCCCCGGAAGUCUCGGGCCAAUGAGCACAGGCGUCGAGCGAGCCAAUGAGCGCGGGGAUGAGGGCGGCGAGCCAAUGAGCGCGGGGCUGCUCCGGAGGCGGUGCUCGGAAUGCGACCUGGAGAGCUACGCGGCGGCCGCAGCCAUGGGCGCAUCGCCUUCGCGGGCGCCGGGCGGGAUCAAGGAACGGCCGGGAGCGGCUGAAGAGACCGUCGCCGGGACUAGCCCUUGACGCUGAGUCGCGGUGGGGAGGGUCCCCGCAGGCGCCUGGAGGGCCAGCGAGCGGGAGCCGGGAGUAUCGGAGGAGCCCCGGGCAGCCGCCGGCCACUUCGGGGAGGGGGUGGGGGGGCCCAGCUUGACCGCUGGAAGGGUCGACAGUGCGGUGUGGCCUCCUCUGCGGGUGGGGUGACCCGCCUGGCAUCUCUCAGGGGCCGGGGCGCGUCAGCAGGGACCGACGCACAUCUCUUGAGGGCACGCCGCCGGGGCCCAGGGCCGCCUGGGCCAGCCCCGGGGAGCCCCUGGAUGGCUGAGCUGCCCCCGCGCCGGCCGCCGGGGCGCCGCAGCGGCUGAGCUCGCCUGGAUCGCCGGGCCGCCGCCGCCGCCCGCCGCCCUCGCCGCCCGCUGCAUGCCCGGCGCCCGGGUCGCGGCCCACCUGGACGCUCUGGGCCCCCUGGUCCCCUCCGUGCCGCCGCCGCUCCUGCCCUCUAUGUUCUACGUGGGCCUGUUCUUCGUCAACGUGCUGAUCCUGUACUACGCCUUCCUCAUGGAGUACAUCGUCCUCAACGUGGGCCUCGUCUUCCUGCCCGAGGACAUGGACCAGGCGCUCGUGGACCUCGGCGUGCUCUCCGACCCCGGCUCGGGCCUCUACGACGCCGACUCGGAGCUCGACGUCUUCGAUGGUUACUUGGAGUAGGCUCGGCUGCCUUCCCCCCGCCGCUCUCCCCACGACCCGCAACCGUCGGCCCGGACCGGGGCCCAGGUCAUGCAGCUGCUGUUGAUUGAGGGCACCACCUGGCCAGGGAUGGGACCCCCGGGACGAGGCCCACUCCGGCCUCCGAGGCCUGCCUGCUCCCCUCGAAAGCUCCGUGCCAACAGAGAGGUUCCCGUCCGGGCCCAGGACGGUGGGACAGAGAGAUUGAGAAUGGACGCCAAGGUCCGGAAGGCACGUGCCCCCGCCCAGAGGGUGAGGCAGGGGUGCCCGGAGACCUCGCCUGCCUGUGGCGGCGUGCACACAGCCUCGCCCUGGCUUCCGACCUUCCGCCAUCUCAGUGGAUGUUUACAUGAACCCAGCCAGAGUCAGCCUCCCUGCUUUCCACCCCCGGCUGCACCUGCUUACCCCACUUAACCUUCGGAGAGAGAGGACGUCAUACACAAAAGCGACUCCCAGCUGUUUGAUGCCAGUGGAGCUCUAAGCCCUAUGGGGUCUGUCCCGAGGCCGGGCCUAGAUGCAGCGACUGCUUCCGAGAGAGACUCGGAAGGAAAAGAACACCUGGGGGGCUGAGGGUGGGGUUUGGACUCAUUCAUUUCAAGUUGUUUGCUCGCCAUCAAGUUGCCAGAACUGAUACAUUGUGCCAGGGGUGGGGACAGCCACUCCUCCGGCCAGAAAUAUUUUUGGAAAAUGUGAGUGGUAUGAAUACUUGACUUCGAUAAACCUGUAAAAGCAAUACUUAGGAGGCUAACUUCUUUAAUUAAAAAAUGUAUGCAACUCCAA